AUGGUGACAGUGACACUUCCGACCAUUGUUUCAAGUGCCCCAGUCUCCCAUCACGGCAGAGGAGCGGCGCUUCAAACGAGACGACAAAACGUGUCCCUGGACUACUCCCUGGGUGGGUCUCAGGAGUUCUCCCAGCCGCAGACACCCCAGGCCCUGACUCCUGUCGACAGGGAGAGAGAGGAGAGCCCUUACAAGAGAGAAGGCGGCUUGGGCUCACUCAGCGAUGACGAAUUGUACAAGCAACGGUCUCCGCUGCUGUUGGACCCGGAGAAGCAGCUGCAUUACCAGGCCGAGCUGGUGGUGAAGAAUGCCAUACAACUAGCCCUGGCACAGGAGACCCACAAUGCCACUGGGGCGGGUGAAGGUCAAAGUGAGCCUCAGAUGGAUUUGGGGAGUGAGCCAGCAGACAUUGCUCGGCCUACACCGCAGGCUGAGCAACCACUUCCGCCUCCGGUGCAGGACCAGAGACCCCAUGUACCCAAGGGUCCAGCGGAGGUGGAGCCAGACCGCCACAAGGAUGACUGCUUCCUGUUGCCCGUAGUAACAACCAAACAGAGCGGCACCGUGGGGGUUGCCAGCAGCAGCGGCUCACAGCCUUCCUUGUACAGGCCGGAGUUCAGCCCCUUCAGCGACGUUGCCAGCUACCUGGAGCCCACGGACUAUUCCAGAACCAACGUCUUCGUCAGCCACUCGCAGGAGCCGGAGGUCAUCGCCCAGUCUGGGCCCUUUAAGCUGCGUUCCCGCAGGCAGAAGACCCUGUCGAUGAUUGAGCAGGAGAUCAGGGCGGCCCAGGACCGAGAGGAAGAGCUUCGGCGACAGAGGGAGGUCCUGAAGACAGUGCAGAGCCCCGGCAGGAGCUCUCGGCCCCAGCCACCACUACCGGCGUGUCCCUCCAGGGCAACAGCCCCCGGAAAAAUUGAGAAAUCCAGUGCAGUGUCACCAGUGACAGAAAGCCCAGUGCCCUCUCCACGGUCUGAGUCCGCACCUGUGGAGCAGGAAUCUUCAGGACAGUCUCGUUCCAGAGGCCUGAUGGAGACGUUACUGGAAGACUAUGAAGUACAGAAGGUUAAGCGGCGAGAGAGGCGGGACGAGCCCAAUGUCCUGGAGGCCACCAGGGUGACCCGCCGGAAGAGCGCCAUGGCUUUGCGCUGGGAGGCUGGCAUUUAUGCCAACCAUGAAGAAAAGUAGUAAACCUUAGCACUGCUACUCAAGGGAAAGGUCAAGAGUAUCUCGUUUUGUUGUGUUUCUUUUGUUUUUGCUGUUGUUGUUGCUGAAGCACAGGUACAAUGCGGCAUAUUUAUCCAGGCAAAGCCAUGCUGGGGUACUCCGCAGAAACAUCCACCUUUGCCAGCACGAUGAUACAGAUAUAAAUGGAGAGUUUCUGUGUUCUCGGAUACAACCCAGCUACCGCAAAAAAAAGAGACAAGGAUUCCCAGACAAUAACUGCAAAACCUGAAGAGCCAGUUACUUGUAUAUGUAUAGAUACUCCUCGCAUCCUUGUAUUUAAUUCUGCACGGGCUAUGUUUAAUUCACAGUCCCUCAGAUUUCCACUGGUGUCAGCCUCCUUGUAAAUAGCCAUGGUAAGGUAUUGCAUAAGCUUUUAUUUUAACUACAGCUCUCAUUUACUUACUAACCCAGGAGGAUAUGUAGCUUAAGAGACGUGUAACAUUGUGGUUUUCAGGGAGCUUCAUCCAUGCAGCAACUUCCACUUAGCUGCCUUGGGCCAAGUCACACACAUCCAAUGCAUAUCAAUCCCACCUUCAUUCCCUCUUUGAUACCUGUCCUUAAUUUAUACCAUUCAUAUUUUGCCAAAGUUGGCAGUGGCAAAGAACUAUGCCAGCUGCUAACUCUAUGAGCAACAGGAUUUGUUUUUAGUUUCUUAAUUUAUUACAGCGGGUGGCACUCACCUUGAUUGGGAAUCAGUGGAACAAUUGGACAAUAAUCUUUGUUACGACAGACCAGGUGGGAAAGUGCAUCGAGGGGGAGUUGCCUCGGGAUUGACUUGCCUUGAGGUUGACUUAUAGCCGAGGCACCAGAAGGACAGCUGAUCAUAGAAACGGACUUUGUUUUGCCAACAUACAGGAAAAGUCAACCCAACCAAACAGUCACACAAAAGCAUCCUAGACCUUUCAAAAGUUCGUUGCUCUCAGGCUCCGUCUCUCGCUCCCUUGCCCUUGGGAAUGCCUGUGCUUGUUGAUUUCCAAUCAGAAUGUGUCUGUGUUGGGUGCAGUGUUACUUACCAGUGGGUAGCUCGAAAAGUGCUGGGCCAGGAAACCGCAGAAAAUGGGGGCUCCAGCAUUAUACUGAGCAUCUCAGAUCAUGUGGGUAGUGUUAGUCAAAACAGCCUCUGGCUCCUCCAGAAAUUGUGUUGCAUAUACCAAUCUUUUCUUAGUUUUCUGGAGUCUUAAUAAGGACAAAGUAAUGUAGUCAGGGAAGUAAGAGAGCAAAAGGUGCUGCUGUGAUAGGUGCAUGAGAUUGUUUUCUGCAGAUAACCGGUUAGAACAUGCAAAAGAAUUGUGGUGUUUAUUCCUGUACUUUUUAUCAAUUAAGGAUUGUUCAGGGCUGACAGUUUUGCUGAAAUUUAGCCUCCUUUAACUCCGUGGUAAAGCAAAACCAUUAAACAGAUUGAUUAAUCCUCCAUUCAGUAUCAUACAUCACUAACCUCCGUAUGGAAGAUAUGUGCCAGUAUUGAGACUUUAUGCUAUGCAGUUUUUUGCCCUUUUAUGUGCUUGUGUUACGAAUGCAAGUAGGACAAUAUAAACAUGGGCUGAAGCACGAUAAAGGAGUAGACUUUACCUCCCGGAUUCUGACUCGGCUUAAAAAUGUUGAAUCCCCCUGACAACGGCAGAAUCUAUCCAGAUAUCAGCAGAUGUAUUUUGCAGUCGAUUACACAUUCUGGGUUUGCUUUAUUCCCAUUCGUGUGUGUGUGUGUGUGUGUGUGUGUGUGUGUGUGUGUGUGUGUGUGUGUGUGUGUGUGUGUGUGUGUGUGUGUGUGUGUGUGUGUGUGUGUGUGUGUGUGUGUGUGUGUGUGUGUGAGAGAGAGAGAGUUUGUUCUAUGAAGAAAACAAUUAAUCAGUAAUUCAAUGAGCCAACUGUUCUGAUGGGCAAUUGAUAAUGACAGUAUGAGGAGCUAACCUUGAAGAUAAAGGGAGGUACUAACCUAUCAAUAUAUAUAUUUUGUAUUCUUAUAGAUAUAUAUAUAUAUGUAUUAUUGCACAUUGAAAUUAUGCUGGUGUACCUGUGAGUUCACACAAACAGUGAUAUUUCUGUCAUUAUCCAAACCUGGUUCUGCAUUUAAGUUGUAUUUUUUCACAGGCCUGUGCAUGUUGAUUUAUUUGCUGUUCUACAGGCUGUUGUUUGAUACUAGUAAUGAUUACAGACUGACUGAUGAUUGACUUCUUGUUCAUUACAAACUCCUUGUGCUGAAUGCCCCAAGUGGUCUUUGUGUGAUCUAAGUAAGCCAUUUGACCACACUCCUACAUGACUGAAUUUGUGAAGUAUCACUGGGUAUUAUAUUUGGCUGAAUUGUAUUUGGAGUUGCCAUCCCAGUUUAGCCAUAGUUCUGGGAAGUUUCUUAACGUAACUUCCCACUGCCAAUGCCCCACCCCUAUUUCCCCAUCAUUGGUCACCCAAUAUAUUCCAUGUCCAAUUGGAUAGCAAAAUACUCUUUGUUACCUGAUUGGAUCAGUCCUGAAUCUUAGCUGAACAGCCUUUUCCACCUAUCUCUGAUGUGUUUAUCACAAAUGAACCCAAAGUGCAAAUCAAAAUGAAAAAGCCACACAGUUUUCUUGAAUCCCCGAAUGAUUUUGCAUGCAAAUUAUUUCUUUUUGUUUAAGAGGUUGAAAUGAAGUUGUGUGGGGUGAUCAGUCUUAUUUGGAGGCAAGGAUGAUGGGGAUUUUAAAUGUGCAAGUUGGCUGAAUACUUUUUUGAUGGCAUCACUUGCUUUGUUUGGAGAUGAAAGCAUGAAAAUUGUCAAGGGCAGCAUUAGGAAGUAAAGUCUACUUUGCAAUGCAAGAAAUAUGACAGUUACAAGGCUCAGCAGUUCCUCUGUGCAAUUUCCCUUCCUCGUCUAGUGAGAGGUUCACAAUUGGAACCACUAUGAUUCUGGAUUCUACAGACGAGGCCCUCAACUCUUAAACAAAAAGGUCUAUCAUUUGGAACCCAGAUAUGAGAAAGGUUAGCAUUGAUUAUUUUUGCCAUUGGUUGAUUGAGUUUUUCCCUUUCUCUACCAAAAUGCAGCAGCAAAUUCUGAAAAGUGUUGUUUUUACAGAAAAAAAUGAUUAACAAAAAUAUAAAAAAGAGAAUGCAGAGGUUACGAAAAUGUCUUAAUCUGCAAAGUCAGUAGAAUGGUAAAAGCAAGGACUUUACCCAGAAGAACACAAGGCCCUGAUGGAUAGAAGUACAAGAAAUGGAGCAUAUCCCUCAGGUCAGCACUGCAAUAAGGGAUGCAGAAGCCUAGUGCUGAUGCAAUCUAGUGCUCUUCACUGAUGUUCUGCAAGCAUGAAAUCAAAUCCCACCACUGCAGCUGAGGAAUUUCAGUUCAGGUUAUUGACUACAAAAUUAGUACCAGUAAUAGUGACCAUGACACUCCAUCUGGGCCACUAAUGAUGCUUUGGGAAAAGGAAAUCUGUACCAAAUGUGACUGCAUACCCAGAGUAGUGUACUUGAUAUGAUUACAAAUGAACUGGUCAAGGGAACCAUUCAGUUUAAAGGCAAUUAAGAGAUGGGCAAUAAAUACUGGCCUUAUUGGAUUCCAUGAAUGCCUGCAUGUAGAACAAAGCUAACAACAAUAGCGUCUGUGCAGGUUGCUCCUGGCACUGCAAGUCAUUAUGAUGACCAUACCCUUUAUGUAGAGAGGCAAACUCCGAUGAUUCUGUUCAGUUUUCCUAAACCUCAAGGGCUGAGAUUUCAAGGGCAGGAAUUUCCAACAGCAUGCCUACUCCUUGAGUGCUACAGCUUGAUAUUUAUGAUACUGCACAGUGCAGAUGAUGUAAUUCUCAUUCACUCCAAAUUGAACUUGUGUCCCUAUGAAAGUGGGAGAACACAGUACAAUGUGCUCAGUGACAUUUUUGCAUGCUGUGUCCUAUUUUAAUGCAGUGUCUCCAUUGCAGAGAAGUACUGCUCCAGUUUGUAACAGGAAAGAAAGACGGGGAUUAUUUUCAAUUUACUGAGGGGGGGGGGGGGGUUGUGUUGGGUUCCUUGGCUUUGAGUAAACAUGCUGGUAAGUCUAGCUCUUAGAACGAAUCAAUCGUGUCAUCUUUCCUUUUCAUUAAAAUAUAUAAAUACUUCCAAAUCAAGGGGAGCACCAUGGCGCAGCAUUUACUGCCUCCCAGCUCCAGGGACACAAGUUCGAGCCUGACCCCCGGUGCCACCUGCAUUGAAUUUGUAUGUUCGCCUGUGAGCAGGUUCUGCCGAGUGCUCCACUUUUCUCCCACAUCCCAAAAAAUAUGCUAUAGGUUAACUGGUUACUCCAAAUUACACCCUAGUGUAGGUGGGUGGCAAAAGAAUCAAAUGGGAUUUGAUGGAUGUUUGAGAGAGAAUAAGUUGCAAGGAAAUAAGGAAAGUGAAUGGGAAUGAUAGGUUGGCACUGCUGGGAACCAACAAUCAGGUGGGCCAAAUGGCCUCCUAUAUCAUAAUAAGUAAGAAAGUUAAAUUGAGUAAUCGGCACAGAAACAGGUCACUCAGUCCAAGUUUGCCAGUGUUUAUUCUUGGGGGAGAGGGAGAGGGAGAGGGAGGGGGUGAUUCUACAUGUUGAUGUUGCUGCUGCUAACUCUUUACUGAGAAGUAUUUCCUCCCAAAGUUCAGCCCCAUCGUUCAAGAGAAAGGACUGCAAAUUAAAUCAAACUCCCCAACUCUUGUUUAGGGAAAUAAUUCACCAGAGGAACAGAAGAAUCAAGAUUCUAUCUGAGCAUCCACUCCACUGUCAGCAGAAGUGAAAAGUAAUAUGUGUUUGUCUGCUCAAGAGGCAUACCUCUGCUAUCCUUUGAAUUAUGUAGAAUUUACCACACGGAAACAGGCCAUUUAGCUCGACUAGUCCAUGGAGGCCGUCUUCCACAAAAAGCCUCCUCCCACCCUACUUCAUCUCACCUUAUCACCAUAACCUUUAAACACACUUAGGCCAGUUACCUCAACUGCUUCAGUGUGGCAGUGUGUCCCAUCUUUAACAGCAUGUCCUUUUCAUUCCUUCCUCGGUGAAGUCUAUCAAAUUUAAUGCAAUUUCUCUCCUUUCACUCCAAAUCAGAGAAAUAGACACACACUUUUGGUGCGAUUCAUUUCCCAUUUACAAAGCUUGUACUACAGCAGGAGGGAAUUAGGGUACAGGGUAAUUGAUAAGUUAGGGUAUUGAUCCUAAUAUAAUACAUGUUUGUUACCCUGAGGACAAUGCUGGUAAAGGGUGGUAUAGUAUCUACAGUGACAAUCAAAAAAACCUGCAGAUUGCUGGAAAUCUAAAGUAAAAAUAGAAAAUAUUGGAAAUGGUCAGGCCACUUCUCAGGGAAGAGAAACUGUUAACGUUUCAGGUGGACGACCUUCUUCAGAACUGGAAAGGAGAGCAAAGAAGCUGGAUAAACUGCAGGGAGGUGGGGCUGUCUAUGAAAGGAUAAAACUGAGGUGACCAUGGGGCUAUGUUGUAAACAAGGUUAUCUGGUCAAUGAGUGAAUGGGAGCAGUCAGAGGGCGAGAACAUAGACAAAGAAUGUAGGAGUUGUGAAGUCCAGAGCAGGGGGAUAUGCCCAGCAGGUCAGGCUUCCGUCUUCAACUUGAAAUAUUAAUUCUGUUUCUCUUCCCACAGAUGCAGCCUGAUGUGUAUUUCCCACAAUUUGUAUCUCUAUAAUAUAUAUACAAUAUUUUGUAACAGAGAUGUGAAUGCAUAUAGGCCAUGUAAUAGCUCAAUUUGCUGUAUUAUUCUGCAUAAGUGAUAAAAUAGGGUACAUGGGGCAAGUUAUAUUAUAACAAUACGAUAUAUCGAUAUGCAUACCAACAACUAUGACAUGAGGUUUGGGUAUACGUCCUAGCAGAAGUGUAUUACUGAAGAAUAUAAGUGCUGCACAAUGUGAUGUGUUUGCUAAAAACAUGACCUGUUAUGAUAUAGAAUGCAUUAAUAUGCAGGGUAUACGUGAUGAUGUAGGGUUCAUAUACCAUAGCUUUAUACCCUAAUUAUUGUCAUAUGUAGUAAUGUAGUGUUUUUUGCAAUAGUUUAGAGUACAUGAUACUAAUUAAUGGUAAAUCUGAUUAUGUAGGGUAUGUGUGAUCACUUCAGUCCAUGAUAAAUAGGUCAUAUGUGAUGAAGCAGAGUGUGUUAUCAAAUGUGAUAUUGGCCACUAAAACAAAAGCAAUCUUCAGUCAGUCAGUCAGUCAGUCAAACUGAUGGGAGCUCCUGUUUGACCCAAAAUGCACAACAUAUUCCCAUUGGCUCUUUAACAUAACUGGUGCAGCAGAUUGGUUGGAACAGUGCAGAUUUUUGUUUCUGUUGGUAAAGCCAAAGUAUUGAAACUUUAAUUUCUAGAUCUGUUGUUAUGAACUUUUAUUAUGUAGCUACUCGAACAAUGCCUAAACUUUAUGGAAUUAUAAAUAUAUUUUAAAGUGAAUAUUGGCUGGGUAUUUUUAUAAGGAGAACUCCAAUGGAGUAUCAAAGAUGUAUAUCACUAUGCAGGACAAUGUUGCAAUAAAAUCUGGCUUUGCUUAA